AAUUGGUGGAAUUAGCAUUAGAACGUCGAUGUAUAAGAAGAAAGGAGUGCAACCAAUAAAAAGGAGAGGAAAAAGGGAAAAAGAAAUGCCACCUAGAUUUGUCCGGGGACGGUAGCCAAAACGGUAUCAGUUCCAAUACACAAAAUGGAGACUUGAGAGUGAGAGUAGCGAAUAGUGAUGGAGAGUUCCCAACCCUAUUCGAGGGUUUAAGAGGAGGCAUCGCCUUGCUUCUCUUUUUCUGCUGCAUGAAUGGCAAUGGAAACUGUAAGGGUUCGUGUGGUGUUGGAAGAUCCCGAUCUUCUGAACAAGACACAGAAUUCAGAGGGACUGAGGCGGAGUUGGCUUCUCCUCAAACCCCAACACAAAACCAUCUCCGACCUCUCUUCCUAUCUCCUUCGCAUCUUCAAUCUCCAUGAUUUUUGCCCUAAUGGCCUCCUCCUCUCUAUGGAUGGCUUUGUUUUGCCCUCUUUUGAGUCCACUUGUAUUUUAAAGGACAAGGAGAUCAUUAGUGUGAAAAGGAAAGGUGGGGCAGUGAUUGAUCUUCUUGAGGUUGGUGAUGAGACAAAUUGCUCUGAGGAUGAAGCAAUCGUGGAGAAUCAGCACAUACAUAGGGGAGUGAAGCUUUUGGCGAAUGAGGAGUUUGACAAGGAGACUGGAGGGUAUGAAAGUGAAUCUGAAGAGGAUGAACCUGAUCAACCAGAGGAAACAGUGCAAGUGGAGACUGCAUCGGCCGGAAAUGCAGGUUCCAAGAAAAGAAAAGCAUCCAGGAAACUUAAGAGCCCAAAGAGGAAGAAAAACAAAUAUACAAGGCUUGAAAAAUGCCCAGUGGUUCUGGAAGAUGUUGAAAAUGGUGUAUGUGAGGAGCAGACCAAAAGCUGUGAUGACUGCACUGCCCUCCCCAAGAAGGGUAGUCUCAAGAAGCACAAGUCAUCCAAUGUGAAUGGUAAACCAGAUAAAGCUAGGACCCUCAACAUUGAUGAAAGAAGUAAUGAUGUCGAUGAAUCUUCGCCCAAUGCAAAGAGGUGUGGUGAGCUUCAAGAAAAUGGCAGUCAGGGUGUGGAAGUUGCCAAUCCACCUGAUGGAACGCAAAAGUACCCUAGUAGAAGUGCUCGGCGUAAAAAGGCCAAGCGGAAAUGGCUGCGGGAACUAGCUAAAGUUGAAAAGAAAGAGGUUGAAAAGAAAGAGAUGCAUCAGAGACAAUCACCUGAAAAAGAGGUUCAAAAGAAUUCUCUAGAGCAUCAGCAACCUGAUCAAAAUAGUGAUACAGAUGAUGCUGUCAUUGUUCCCAUAGUAAUUAGGCCAGGGCAUAUUCGCUUUGAGCCCCUUGGAAAAGACCAGACUAUCCAGCAAAAUCCAGUUUCGGUGGAAACCUUUCAGUGGAACGGAACUACCAGCAAGAAGAAGGGUCAAAAAUGGGGUAAAGAGAAAAUGUCUUGUAGAAGGAAUGAUUAUAAGGAUUUCAACCAACAACAUUCUGAGACAUUUGCUGUUGAAGAAGGGACCCCUCCAAAGGAUCCCAUGGACUUUGACAAGCUUCCUUCCCUCACUAGCUCACCUAAGGAAGGUGAUAUGAUUGCAUAUCGUUUGAUUGAGUUAUCAUCAACCUGGACCCCUGAGCUAUCCACCUUCCGAGUUGGGAAAAUAUCAUCAUAUGAUCCUGAAUCCAACAAACUUAUACUGAUAUCUGUUCCUGAAUCCCCUAUUGUUGCUGAGACAAGGAUCGAUGAAGAUGCAUCUGCGCUAGAACCAGACCCAGAUACAUCCCUUUACAGGGAAGAUGGAUCUUUAGAGAUAGAUUUUUCAUCACUCAUUGACGUUCGAAUUAUCAAAUCUGGCAACUCACAUCUGGAAAAAGCAGUCACUGCUAGAGUUGAAGCUCCUGUGGACACUCAAGAUGCUGUGUCUGGUGUGAAACCCAACAAUAAAAACAGUGGAAUGUCUACUUCUCUUCCAGGUGGGGAGCUCAAUAUCACUCAAGUUUCUGUAGCAGGAGUGGAACACAACAUUAACAGAGAAAUGACUGCCCCUCCCCCAGAAAAUGGAAAAGUAAAUGCAUGGGAUGAAAUCGAUAAGGUUUUGAGUGCAAAGAAGGCGCAGCUGUCCCAGGAAGAUGGUUCUAGUAAGAAGGAGAGUCCAGGCAGGAGUCCAUGGUCAUAUAAAGCAUUGAGAGGCAGUGCACUGGGCCCAACAAUGUCGUUCUUAAGAGCACAAAAUAACUUUUGAGGAAAAUGAUGUGUUCUUUCAGUCAGAUUCUGCUGCUUCUAUGAUUCGAUAAUCUUUUGACUAAAGUAAGAAUAUAUAUCUUCUGGCGUAAAAAGACAUUGGCCGAUUUUGGUAAAAUUUUGUGUAUAAGUUGGACUUUGGAAAAACCUUCAAAUCAUUCUAGGGUGGGAGCAGCCUUUUGACAAAUUGUAUCUUUGACCAGCCGUUAUUUGCAGGAAAUGUAAUGGCUCAUGCGGCUAAGUUUGAUUGUAGUGGAAUUAGUCGGAGAAGGUAGAUUGCAGGGCCGUGACACUUUGCCAGAUGUUUUGGUCGACUAUCCAAUUUCUUGGUUUUGAAAUGACUUCUUCAACAGGAAUAUUGGAUAGGAUACGUAGCUGAUUGAGGUGUUCGCAAAUUUGACCAGGAUGCAUCUGCAUCCAUGUUGACUAUGGAUGUUUGAUGGCCUCCAAACUUUUGAUUGUCACAUGAAUGAAACCAGUUUUUCCUCUUUGGCACAGCUUAA